CCGUAAGAGAACACCCCGAACCCUUGAAAGAGAUAACGAAGUCUCGCCCACCCUUUCGAACACCCCAGCGAAGCCCAAAAAACAGGGAACCGAACACACGAAAUAAACAAACCGAUGCCACAUCUCGCCGGGAGUCUGAAGUCUGGGCAUAUUGACACCUGAUAUGGCCGAGUGACGUGGAAGGAGAGCCGAUUAGCUUACCUGCCGCCGACGCCAGCGCCCCUAGCGGACAGGUGGGAAACUAGAGUGCCGGAUGAUUUGGCUUAGGGUAGUGCAGGGCCAUCCGUCAUUACGGGCGAGGCGCGCGGAGCAACAGGCAGGCACCAUCGCGUUUUUUUUCCCUUUUUUUUCUUUACAAAGACAUUUCGAAGCAUUUCCUUUCGUUCGGAGCACGUUCCUCCCUCCCUCUUUCCCCCCUCCCCCCCCUCGAACGCUAAUUCCCGUGUCAGUCAAGCUGUGUUAACGACUUGAUAAGAGGCCUUAAUCCGGGAACUUGUAUCAGCGUGAUAAGGAUUAAGGAGUGAGAUUGUGCGUUUGGGUCGGCUCGUUUCAACUCGUGGAGACACUCGUCGGGAAGCGUGUCUAGAAGACGAAAAAGAGGAAGAGAGAGAGAGAGAGAGAGAAAGAGAGCGAAGAGAGGGGAGAGUGAAAAGUAUAGAAGGACGGAUAAAGAAGAAGGGAGAUAGAGAGGGAUAGAGAAAUAGAGAGAAAGACAGAAAAAAAAGCGUCUCUAUCUUAGGGAACUUCUUUUCAGGGUAAAGAAGAACAAGAGAAAGAGAAAUAAUGGGAGAGAAGAAAGAAGAAGUGAAGGAAGGGUCAAAAGAACCAGCGAAGGAUGGAGUGAAGGAGAUAACAAAAUCAAGUUCGAGGGAGAGGAAGGAGAGCGGGAAGGAGAGAAGAGAGAGAAGGGAUAGCGAAAGAGAGAAGAGACGAGAGAGCCAGAAGGAGAAGAAAGCGGAAGUCGUCAUCAAGAAACAAGGUCUCGACUGGUUCUCCCUCUUCGCCCUCCUCGGCCUCGUGGGCGUGUGUGCCGCCCUCGUGGUCACUGUGCACAGACUCAACACACAGAUUGCAGCCGAGAGGAAGGCUUUUAACGUGCAACUGCAGGAAUUGGAAGCCGAGGUGUCCGCCGCCCGGGCAGAGGUCACGGUGGCAGAGAGCGAGAAACUGGAAGCGCUAUCGAGGGUCACCGGUUUGGAGAAUCAGGUCACCGAGGCCAAGGAUCUUGCCAAGGAGUUCAAGGCGGAGCUAGACAAGACGAAGCAGGACCUCGAGGAAGCGAACAAGGAGAAGGACGACCUUGCACUCAAGCUAGACUCGUUGGAGCCUCAACUCAAGAGCCUUCAAGAAGAGCAAGAAAUUCUCAAGCAAACCAACAGCGACUUGAAGAAAGCGAAGGAAGACCUCGAGACACACUCGGAGACCGUCAAAGAAAAUCUGGUCAGGGCUACAUCUGACCUUGAAACAGCCAGCCAGGUGAACUUUGACCUUACUGGCGAGGUCGAGGCUUUGGAGCUCAAAGUCACCGACCUCCAAGACCGACUCUCCUCGUCCUUGUCCGAGCGCAAGGACCUGGAGGCGACUCACCAGAGCCUCGAGGAGAGUCGCCGCAAGCUCGAGCAGAGUCGCCAGGACCUCGCCGCGACUCACCGCGACCUGCAGGAGAGUCACGAGGAGAUGAGCGCGAGGUUUCGGGAACUCCAGCGCGUCCACGGAGACCUCCAGGAGAGUCACGAGGCGCUCAGGGAGACUCACGGGAGGCUCGCGGAGAGUCACCAGGCGGACAAGGAGGCUUUGGCACUGACGAAGGCGCAAGUGAGUGACCUUUCCUCCCAGCUCGAAAGCUCCUUGAAGAGCUUUAAGACCUUGAGCAAGAGCCACGAGGAGCUUAAGCUGAGGGAGAUCGAGAUGAAGACCCUCGAGAAGGAACUUAAGUCCACGCUGGAGAGGUCAGUCGAGGAAUUCUUAAUCUUUAAGGAGAAAUACGAGGUCUUGAAGAAAAGGGAGAUCUUUAUGAAGGACUCGCUCUCGACCCUCCGUGGCGAGCUCAAGGACUCCCAGGAACUCGUCGAGGAGAAGACCCGGAUCGAGGACGCCCUCAGGAGAAGGACCAAGAAGCUGGAGGAUGAGAGGACGUCCCUCACGCGCGACCUUGAGAAGCUGAAGAGCCGUUCGGAGGAGCAGGCAGAGACGCUGAGGCAUCAGCAGGACAGGAUCCACGAGGCCUCCGAGCAGAUCCUCCAGCAAAAGCAGAAGCAGGCAGAGGCAGACGAGCAGCUGAGCAGCCUAAAGGGAGAAGUGGGUCGCCUCAAGGAGCAGCUCAACCAGAAGGAGGAGCAGCUGAGCGAAGUCAAGGGACAACUUGAAGGAAAAGCCUCAGACGUAAAUGAUCUCUCGGCCCAAGUGCAGCGGACGGAAGUGGAGGCGGCGGCGGUUCGAGGCAUCCUGGAGAGCACGCAGGCGACGCUGGACCAAGCCUACGCCAAGAUCUCGCAGCUGGAGGCCCAGGGAGAUGAGGAGAUGAAGAACGUGAAGGCAGAGCUCGCAGCAUCCAAACAGGCACUGACUGAGAGGGACAGCUCCAUCGCAGCUCUCAUGGAGAAGACAGCUGAACUGCAGAGAGCCGUCGACGAGAAGGCCUCAAGCGAAGCCACGCUCACGCAAACGAACGCCAACCUGCAGAACCGCCUCGCCCAGCUGGAGACCCACGUGCACCAGCAGCAGGAGGAGGUGCGCGCCCGGGAUGCUCGCCUGCAGGAGCACGACGCCCUCGCUGCCCAGAGGGAACAGGAGCUCCACAAGGCCGCCGCCGACCUCGCCAACCUCCGGGAGACGGUCAGCCAGAGGGAUUCCACGGUGAUGGAGCUGCAGGCGAAAUGGCAGGAAGCGGCAGAGAGCGUUUCUAGACUUCAGGGAGAGCUUCAGGUGAAGUCCGCCGCAGAGCCUCACCAGGAGAGAUAAAUAAAGAAAAAAGAAGAUGAAGAUAAAAGAAAAUGUCAAGGAGACAUCGCCAUAAACCAAAAUAAAAGAAGAAGAGAAAUGGAA